AUGAAUAAUGCACUUCAGAAGAAUGGGGGUGUAGGACCCACCGAUGAUCGAUUGGUCAAAGAUAAUGAUGUGGUGAUGGUAAAUGCUACAACUACGGACAAUGAGCCUGCUGUGAACAGAAGUGGUAAAACUACAACUAAUGAACAUAUGGAUAUGAAUUCUUCCAAGUUGGUAGGAGAAUGGAAAAUCACUUUGAAUGAAGAAAACUCUUUACCGAUUGAAACUUUACAAAGGAUUUGGAGUGUAAUGAAAGAAGCUGUUCAACUUGGAAUUGCGAUCCCUAUCCAGAAAAAAGAUGAUUUGCAACAGACAACCCAGAAUAAAGAUUUCGAGACGCUUCAGUCUGCUUCGUCUGGUCUACCUGAAGUUUGCAGCUCUGUGAUACCUGUACCAUCUCAACCUACUAAAGUUUCACAGAACGAACAUCUCAAAACCCUUCAACCUGCUUCUUCUGGUCUUCCUGAAACUUGCGGUUCUGCGAUGCCUACAUUAUCACGAUCCCAACCAAAGAAAGUUUCUAAAUCAUUGAAAGUUCCGACACCCGUGACAGCAAAAAGUGGCCAACCUGUACAUGAGAAAAUCAAAGAUCUGAAAAAUCCGGAAGCUAGUUCAAUACCGAAGAAAGUGGUGAUUGAUGAGACAGAAAGCCUCGGUGAUCAAAUUCGAAGAUUGUCGAGUCAGUUGCCUAAACCAUCUACCCAAGAUUUAUUGAAUUUACAAGAGGAUGAGGAAGAUGACGAGAGUCAAAUGAGCGAUGAACCUGAAGAUGAAGAUGAAGAGUCACGAGAACAUCCUAGUCUUAAAAGAUCAAAUGGGCGGCGUUAUGAUAGCUCUGAAGAUGAAGAUAGUGAGGAGGAGGAGGGAGGCUUGCCGCUCAACCCAAUUUCAGCCUCCCUCAACGUGGCUUCUGGUUUGGCUUUGAAUCCAACGACCUUCGGUAUUGGUGUAGAAGAAGACGAAGAAGAUGGUGAUGAUGAAGAGGCAGCUUCGACUCCGAACGCACAAGGAGUGCCGAUCGUCCAACAAGCCGCCGCCCCACCAACAAUUGAUAUCUUCACUCAACGGUCACCUCGAAGGUCGCCAGAGAUCCGACCUGAUCAAACCGCAAGGGUGGGUAAUCUAAGCUGUGUUAAACAGGUCACCAAUCUUUCGCCUACAUCUAGUAAACUUGAAUCCAGUCAAACCGCCGACGCAAUCACGCUCGCAUUAGACCUCGAACGUGAAGAAGGUUUAGAGUCCCUCUGUAACCCUGGUAGAAUCAAACCAAGUAUCAGUGAUCUUUCCCCUCUCACAACAACAAAGGAUAAGCCUAAUGAUAGUGCGCAUGAGACAAGUUUAUCUCACGAUUCAUCAUCAUCACCAAUCUUGACAGCGCCACAAUCGAGUCCUGAAAAAGUCAAGAGAAAAUUGGUCAAACCAUCGAACAUCACCACUGCAAAAUCCCAAAAUACUAAAAUCUCGCCACAAGGUAAUCUGCUGGUUGAAGCAAAGGAUGAUUAUCUAAGCCGAAAACAGACAUCUCCCACCGGUUCUUCUGCUCGACUUUCUAGUCAUCCGCCUAUCACUACUUCUCGAGUACAGACUUCAGAUGAGGAAAGCGAGUCAGAAGAAGAAAAUGUAAUGGCGACUAGAUCAUUGAACAAGUUACCUUCACACGGGAAGCUUGGCCUUGCUACGGUGAGCAAUCACAAGCCUGAUACUAAAGCUGGUGACAGCCCCAAGUCUAUUGAUACCGACGAGGAACCACCGUCAAGUCACGCAAAUAUAGUUCAAAGUAACAUUGCCGUGCAAACACCACAAGUAGAAGAACAAUCUUCGGAUGAAGAAAGUUCAUCUGACGAAGACCCGAAUGACCUGAAACCACCACCAUCAGCACAAAAAGUAAAGACUACAACUUUAGAAAAUAUAAGUAAACCGUCAUCAAUCUCGUCGAGAACUCAAGAGAUGACCAAAGAUUUAAAAGAAAGUAGACCAACAGGCAGUAGAAGAAAAACAUUAAAUUCAUUUAAACCUGAUGAUUUCGAAGUACCAAUAACCGUUUUAAAUCAAAAGCCAUCUUAUCCUGCAACUGAACCUAUAGAAAGUAGUAGUAGUGAUGAUGAUAGUGAUGAUGAUAGUAGUGAUGGUAGUGAUAGUGAUAAAGAACAGGGGAAAAAAACUAAAGAGAUCCAAGGUGGAUUACCUAUUUCAAAAAUGGCAGGUGCGAAGAAUCAAGGAGGAAAGAAAAAGAGAAAAUCAAUGAUUGAUAUUUGGAAAUUAGAAACUGCUAAAAUUAAAAAAAGUAAAAUAUGAUGAUCAAGAACCUAAAAAAAAGUAUAAAUAAAUGGAAAAAGGUUAUUUUGAGAGAUAAAUGUAUAUAUGUUUUUUGUUUUUUUGUUUUUAUACUUUCUUUUUGGUAGCUGAAAAAGGGUUGUUGUGGGUUAAAUAUUGGUUUUUUGUUAGUUUAAAAAAUUGUAUGGUAUC